AAACUCAAACGUCAGUUUAUGUGAAUAUUGUUUUUUUUGUGUUAUUAAUUCCAAAAAUUAUCAAAUUUACGAUAUUUCUACUUAACCGCAUUUAGGAUUAAGAUUUUUUUAUUACCAAUGCUGAUGUACCUUAUUUAGAUCAUUAUAUUUUAAGUCACUUCCGUCAUUGCACAACAAAGAAACCAUAUCUAUAUUUUAAUUGUUAAAACUCUAAAGGUUUUAUCGCCUUUCAAAGCAAAGUAUGACUAUGGAUUACGUUACUGCACUCAAGAUUCUUGUAAUUGGAGAAAGUGGUGUUGGAAAAUCAAGUAUAAUCCUAGCAUUUACAACUGGAGACUACAAUGCCUCCUUCCCAGCCACCAUAGGAGUCGACUACAAAUGUAAGGUCAUGGACGUCAAUGGCUUGAAGGUCAAACUUGGUAUUUGGGAUACAGCAGGGCAGGAACGUUAUAGAACAUUAACAAACAGUUUUUACAGAGACGCACAUGGAGCUAUCUUAGUUUAUGAUGUAUCAGAACCAAAAACACUACAAAAGUUAAAUGAAUGGGUCGAAGAGUUACAAGUGUAUUCUACAAAGAAAAAUAUUGUAUGCUUAGUUGUUGGCAAUAAAAUUGACAAGCCACGUGCUGUAUCCAGAGAAGCUGGCCAGGCGUUCGCGCAAAAACAUAGAAUGCUCUUUAUAGAGAGUAGUGCGAAAACUCAAGAGGGAAUCAAUUUGGCUUUUGAAGAGUUAGUACAAAAGAUCAUAGAAACGCCGGGUCUCUGGGAGUCCACGGGUUCGUCUUCUAAUAUCCGCAUAUCAAAUGAUGAAAGAAGACAGCAAGAGGAAUCUACGUGUUAUGACUAUUCCUGUUCUAUUUAGUACACCGCUGUGCAUAUGUAUUUCACAGGUUGGCUAUAUGGAAAAAACUAUUAUUUCUUAUAAAAAAAUUAAGUACAUGAUAUAAAUACAUUAUUGAAGGACUAAUUUUCCUCGAAAAACAUGACCAAUAUCUGUAUGCGCUUAAAAUACAAUAGCAUUUUAAAUAAUUAAAUUUAUCAUAUCAUUUAUUUAUUUAUUGUGAGGUUAUUUAAAAUAUAAAAAGCCAACCUUUAUGUGCAAUGUGAUAUUUUAUAGUCCGCUUUUGUAUAUAAAUAUUUUAAAAAAGUGUUCACAGAUAAAGUAUGGACUCAGGUGUUUGCUAAAGUUGCGAUUUAUGAAUGUUGGGCAUUUCAUAUUAUAUAAAUAAGUGACGCCAAUAAACUGAUGAAAAGUUUUUUUUUUUUUUUUUUAAAUUUAUGUUCAUGUUCAUUUCGAAUUAAAAAUUCUAAAUUUAAAAAUACAACUGAAAGGGUAAGUUAAAGUAACACUAUGAUUUAUUGUUUAUCUUCUGAAUAAUAAUAUUUUCUUACCCAGUCAGAUUUUUCAAAUAAAUCAAAAUCAUAUUAUACAAAAAAAAAAAAAACGAAUUUCACUGAACUAGGAA